AUGGGGUUUGGCGAUAUGGAUCGAGUACCGCUGGACGACCGAAUGUUUCUAGAUGAACAAGCUCCGCUAGGUAGUCAAACCUGCGACGACGACAGACAGAAUGAACGAGGCCACUCGAUCGUUAAGGGAUACGAAGAUCUUGAAUUCCAGAAAGCUGAAUUUAAGAAACUGCAAGAGGAUCAUCAAAAACAAGUCCACGAGUUCGAAGAGGCGAAAAUAGAGCUUGAAGACGAGCUCCGAACUUUCAAGAAUAUGGAGCUGGAGAACGAAAGAAAGCUAGGUAUACUCAGAGCCGAGCAAUCUAGAUUCAGCACAACGGUCAAGGCGUUUAACGAGAGUUUACGAAACGCCAGAGCGGCGACAGAACGUUUUAAUAAGAAGAGUAUGAUGCUGAAUGGAAAGUUUAUGGCAGCUAAGAAUAGGGAGCAGUCUUUUUUUCGAGAGUAUAAUGAUAAGCAGAGGUGUUUGGUGGAGAGAGAAAAGAGGAUUGAUGCGAAGCUCAAACACCUUGGAAUAGAUGAGAAGUUCUUCGAUUUAGAUAGAAAAUCAUCUGAACAUUCGCAAAGUAUUCUUCCAGAAAUAAAGAAGGAAAGAGAGGAAUAG